AUGCAUGAUGUUCAAAGACGAUUUACAGUUGAUCAAAAGUUGAUUACAAAUUGUCCAUUGCAUUUUCCCAUUAAAAAUGAUGAUACGAUACCAAAAGAUAUACAAUAUACUGGUUAUCCAACAUAUGGUUGGGAUCCAUCCCGAACAUUAAAUUCUAUUUGUGCCGAAAGAAGAUGUGAACCAAGUCCAUUUGGUUGUCGUUGUGAUCCAACUAGCCAAGAUCCUAUUGUUAUUUGUUGUUGUUGUAAUCAAUAUCGUAAUAAUACACAACAACGUCUUUGUUCACAACGAUCAUGUGUAUCCGGUGAUUGUAACUGUAUUGGUGAAAAAGGAUCAAGAGGUCCACCUGGUAUACCUGGUCCUGUUGGUCCACAAGGUUUAACCGGACAUCCUGGUAUUGAAGGUGCGCCUGGUGAACGUGGUCCUAAGAAAAAAAUUUGA